CUCCGACCUCUUAUAGCUGCGAGAGGCGCCACCCGCAGCUCUGAGCUGAGCCGCCGCUGCGCGUGACCCUGGCCGCCUCGCCUCUCAAGCACUUCCCAGCAGUUAUGGAAAAGACUUCUACAGGUGCAUUUCCUUCUACUAUGAAUUCUUCAGAAAAGCAAGAGACUGUAUGUAUUUUUGGAACUGGAGAUUUUGGAAGAUCACUGGCACUCAGAAUGCUCCAGUGUGAUUAUUCUAUUGUUUUUGGAAGUAGAAACCCACAGAAGUCCAGUUUGCUGCCCAAUGGUGCAGAGGUCCUGAGCUACUUAGAAGCAGCCCAGAAAUCAGACAUCAUAAUCUUAGCAGUCCACAGAGAGCAUUACGAUUUUCUCAAGGAACUAACUGAGGUGCUCAAAGGAAAAAUAUUGGUUGACAUCAGCAACAACCUCAAAAUUGAUCAGUACCCAGAAUCCAAUGCAGAGUAUGUCGCUCAGUUGCUGCCCGGAGCCCACGUAGUAAAAGCAUUUAAUACCAUCUCAGCCUGGGCUCUCCAGUCUGGAGCACUGGAUGCAAAUCGGCAGGUGUUUGUCUGUGGAAAUGACAGCAAAGCCAAGCAAAGAGUGAUGGAUGUUGCUCGUACUCUUGGACUUACUCCACUGGAUCAAGGAUCUCUCAUGGCAGCCAAAGAAAUUGAAAACUACCCCCUGCAACUAUUUCCAAUGUGGAAGCUCCCCUUCUAUUUGUCUGCUAUUCUGUGUGUCUUCUUCUUUUUCUACUGCGUUGUAAGAGACAUACUCUACCCUUAUGCUAAUGGCAAGAAAGACAGCACAUUUCGCUUGGCUAUUUCCAUUCCAAAUCGUAUCUUUCCGAUAGCAGCGCUUACAUUGCUUGCCUUGGUUUACCUCCCUGGUGUUAUUGCUGCCAUUCUGCAACUGUACCGAGGGACAAAAUACCGCCGAUUCCCAGACUGGCUUGACCACUGGAUGCUUUGCAGAAAGCAGCUUGGCUUGGUGGCACUGGGAUUUGCCUUCCUUCAUGUCCUCUACACACUUGUGAUUCCUAUUCGUUAUUAUGUACGAUGGACACUGAAAAACAGAACUAUUACCCAGGCACUAGCCAAGACAGACGAUCCAUUUAGCACCACUACUGCCUGGCUUAAUGAUUCGUACAUAGCUUUGGGAAUCCUUGGAUUUUUCCUGUUCGUACUCUUGGGAAUCACUUCCUUGCCAUCAGUUAGCAACAUGGUCAACUGGAGAGAAUUCCGAUUUGUCCAGUCCAAACUGGGUUAUCUGACCCUGAUCUUGUGCACAGCCCACACCAUGGUGUACGGCGGGAAGAAGUUCCUCAGUCCUUCGAGUCUUAGAUGGUAUCUUCCUUCAGCCUACGUGAUAGCACUCAUCAUUCCCUGCACCGUGCUGGUGAUCAAGUUCAUCCUCAUCCUGCCGUGUAUAGACAAGACCCUCACACGAAUCCGCCAGGGCUGGGAGAGGACCUCAAAACCAACAUCAAAUGGACAAUAUUUAAAGCAAAGUUCAAUUUGCCUGGACUCCCAACUCUAGUAUUGUAUAUUUAGAGAAGACUAUGUAAUGCGCACAGUUAAGAAAGCAUUUUUCUCCCACCAUGGUUUGAAGUUUGUUAACAGAGAAGGAACUGUUGCCUGACUUUGAGAAAUUGACAGACAGGGCUAG